AUGGCAACAAAAUCCGCCGUCCGCGCCGGACCCUCAGGCACACGAGGCCGCGCAUCCAAACCAUCAACAGACUCCCCGGCGCGCAAAUCCACCGCUGGAAAAACCAAACCGGGCGCAUCGCCAAAAGUCAAGAAAGGCCGCCCGUCAAACGUACAACCCGGCGACCCAACCCCCACAGGCCGCCGCCGCCGCUAUAAACCCGGCACUGUAGCCCUGAAAGAAAUCCGCCGCUACCAACGGUCCUACGACCUUUUAAUCGCCAAGCUGCCCUUUGCGCGAUUAGUUCGCGAGGUCGCGCUCGAUCUCCUGCCCGCAGACGUCGGCGCAGAACUACGCUGGCAGAGCCACGCGAUCCAGGCUCUGCAGGAGGCUGCCGAGGCUUUCUUGGUACAUUUGUUUGAGGAUACGAAUCUGUGCGCGAUUCAUGCGAAGCGGGUGACUAUUAUGCAGAAGGAUAUUCAGCUUGCAAGGAGGAUUCGUGGGGCUUGGGGAGGGCUUGGUUGA